GGAUGAAAUAGGUCAUUUUGACUUUUUUGUUUCUUUAAAGGGAGGUGGAGACAUCUUACCACCCCCCUCCCCCCGUCCUUGACUGAAAUUACCAACUAAUUUUGCACAGGGGAGACACUUCAAGCACUCCCAAAGCACUUGAAAUGGAGGCUCCCGAUGACUAUUGUGCUAGUAACGGCAAAUUCUCUCCUGGUAAGGAGAACUCGAGAAUGUUGGCAGAUAUGUCAACACCUAAUGGACAGACAGUUCCUCAGGGUCCUAAUUCCCCCAGUGGUGACAGGCCGUUCCAGUGCAACCAGUGUGGCGUCUCAUUCACCCAGAAGGGAAACCUGCUGCGACACAUCAAGCUGCACACAGGCGAAAAACCCUUCAAAUGCCCCUUCUGUAGCUAUGCCUGUCGGCGGCGCGAUGCUCUCACUGGUCAUUUGCGCACUCAUGCUGUGGGAAAACCACACAAAUGUAACUACUGUGGGCGGAGUUAUAAACAGCGCACAUCUCUGGAGGAACAUAAAGAGCGCUGCCAUAGCUACCUGCAAGGUAUCGGCUUGGAGCCAACUGCCAACACUGGCCCUUACACAGGUGAGGUUCCUAAAGAGCCGAGGCCCAUGGCAGAGGCCAACGCCAUGGCAACCUUUGAUCGGCCACCUGUUAUUGAAAGGCUGCACAGCAAUGUGGGCAAGAGGAAGAGCACCACCCCUCAGAAAUUUGUGGGUGAAAAGAUGGCUCGCUACAGCUAUCCGGAUGUAAGCUAUGAAAUGGGUCUUAAGUAUGAAAAGCAGGCUGAAAUGAUGCCAGCCCACAUGAUGGACCAGGCCAUCAGCAAUGCCAUCACAUACUUGGGAUCGGACACCCUUCGGCCCAUGCUCCACCAUCCAGGUCCACCUCUCUCUAUGGCCGACGUGGUACCCAUGGUCAACCCCCUUUUUCACCAUGUCUUGCAACUGGGCCAACGAACAGAGCGUCAAGGAAACUGUGACACGCUGCCACCACAUGCACCUCAGCCUCAUGACUUCCCCAGCCAUCCCACCUCAAACGGCCCCACUGCUGUAACCAGGCAGGGCAAGCCUCCCCAGUCAGGGCACGAGGAAUCUCCCAACAACAGUGGAGUUGACUCUGCCGACUCAGCUCGCAGCAGCCCUCAGGAGAGGCCGGGCUAUCAUGGGAGCAACCGCACUCCUGGCCUCAGGUCUCAAGCAAGUCCAGCAGUGGUCUAUUCAGGUGAGCGGGUGACAACAGCGUCACCGAGGAGCGGGGCAGGAAUCGGAGCUGGGCUGAUACGAGUGGCCACCGAGAGGCCUGUGAGCCAGGAAGGAGUGCGGGUGUUUGGGCGAGAGGGCCAGGAGUUGCGGGCCUUCCAGUGCGAGCACUGUCGGGUGCUCUUCCUGGAUCAUGUCAUGUACACCAUCCACAUGGGUUGCCACGGAUACAGAGAUCCACUGGAGUGCAACAUCUGUGGUCACCGCAGCAAAGAUCGCUAUGAGUUCUCCUCUCAUAUAGUCCGUGGUGAACACACCUUCCAGUAAGAGGAUGGGUAGGAAUUAAGAGGAAGAAAAAGAAGGGAAAGGAGCAAUAGCCUGAUAUCCAUCCUUAUCCCCAGACCUCUGAGACUGCACAGUUGAAUGGCACUGUAGACAAGUGUAGCACAAUCAAAGACUUCUUUUUAAGCUACUUAUUGUGAAUCAGAACAGUUUAACAAUCAUAUGAAGGUAUGGGCCAAAGACACAUUUUCUACAUAUUUAAUUAAUGAUUAAAUGUAGAGGAAGGAAGGUAAGAUUUUUCUCCUAAAAUGUUCACAAAUUAUUUAACAGAGCAGCUGUCAGACAACUUUGACUAGUUUUUCCUUUUUAGUCUUACUUGUAAAUGUCUCCUUUUGUCCUUGUCCCUUCGCUACCUUGUGGGCUCAAUGUGGUGGAUGAAAUUAUAGUUUCAGUUUAACCAGAUAAAAUAUCAUGGCUAACACAGAGGUAAAAUAAAAUAAGACUUCAGAUAGUCUCUAAUUAAAAAAAUGACCUUUCAUGGAUUCUUUCAUGAUAAAAGCAUUAUGUGGUGUGAUGGAAUUUAUGUGUUCAAAAAAGUUAAGAUCGUCUACAGUAUGUUUAAAAUAUUAAAUGUAUUGAAACCAUUUAAAUUGCUUGCUAAAAACAGACCCCACAAAGAGUCAUGGUACUGA